GCUCCCGGAAGGGUUUUGCGCAGCUCCUAGUCAGAGCCCCUGGUAGAGUUGGCAGCUGCCAGGCCAGUGGGGAGCAGGCAACUCGCUCGGGUCCGUUUGCCAGCGGGGUGAUUCUGGGCGGAGAGGGGCGCUGCUGGGCGAGAGGUGCCCAUCUGCUCCUGCCGCCUGCCCCGCCCUCGCCCUCCGGCUGCGGGUGCCCCCUGGGGCCAGGGGCCGCUGGCUGGCACAGGCAUCCUGCCCAGGCUCACGGACCCUGGGGGGUCAGACGAGCUGCCCUUGUACCUUCUAAGCCUGUGGGUCCACGGUCCUAAGGUGCAGGGCUGGAGGCAGCGGUGCCCAGCGCCCGCCCACAUGGAGCUGCGUAACUAUCAGCGGGAAGUUAUCCUGCCCGCCUUGGAGGGCGAGAACAUCAUCAUCUGGCUGCCCACGGGUUCAGGGAAGACCCGGGCAGCCGCCUACGUGUGCAAGAGGCACCUGGAGACUCGGGAGCGGGCCAAGGUGGCCGUGCUGGUGAACAGGGUGCACCUGGUGGAGCAGCUCUUCAGGCAGGAAUUCCACGUGCUGCAGGAUCGCUUCCAGGUCACGCCCAUCAGCAGCAACAGCGACCGGAAAUUCUUCUUCUCCCAGGAGGUGAAGCUGAGCGACCUGGUGAUCUGCACGGCGAAGAUCCUGCAGAAUGCUCUGACCAGCCAGGACCAGGACAUGCACGUGGAGCUGACAGAUUUCUCCUUGCUGGUGAUUGACGAAUGCCACCACACCCACAAGGACGGCGUCUACAACCAGAUCAUGGAGGAUUACCUGGAGCGCAAGCUGGGAGGCCAGCGGAAGCUGCCGCAGAUCCUGGGCCUCACUGCCUCACCCGGCACCGGGGGGGCCACCAACUUCCAGGGGGCCAGGCAGCACAUCCUGCAGAUCUGCGCCAACCUGGACACCGCCAAAAUCAUGUCAUCCCAGAAGCACCGUGUCCACCUGGAGGCUCAGGUCCCACAGCCCAGGAAGCAGUACGAUGUGUCCCAUGAGAGGCCGCAGGAUCCCUUGGGCAGGAAGCUGAAGGAGACCAUGGUCCACAUCCACCAGUACCUGGACGUUUGCGGCAUGCCGCAGGACUUCGGCACACAGACCUACGAGCAGCGCAUUGUCAAGCUGGAGAAGGAAGGAGCUGUCUCGUUAUGCCAUAAGACGCGCAUGUGCGCCAUUCACCUGCGGAAGUACAACAACGCGCUGCUGAUCAAUGACACGGUGCGCAUGAUCGACGCCUUCAACGCCCUGGACAACUUCUACCAGCUGGAAAAGACCACUAAGGAUCUGCAGGACCCCACGAAGCUCUUCCUCGUCAGCACCUUUGAGAAGAACAGGACAGCCCUGCUGGCUCUGGCCAGCGACCCGCGCUACGAGAACCCCAAGCUGAGCAAGCUGGAGGAGAUCCUCCAGUAUCAGUUCAAGACCCUGGGCAGCUCCCGCGGCAUCAUCUUCACCAAGACGCGCCAGAGUGCCCACGCCCUGCACAAGUGGAUCCAGGAGAACAUGAAGUUGGCAAGGCUGGGCGUUAAGGCAGCUGUCCUAACUGGAGCCGGCUAUAGCAACCAGACCAAGCACAUGACCCAGAACGAGCAGCAAGACGUGAUCAAGUUGUUCCGCAAGGGAGACUUCAACCUUCUCUUCUCCACCAGCGUGGCCGAGGAGGGCCUGGACAUCCCAGAAUGCAACAUUGUGGUUCGCUAUGGACUGAUGACCAACGAGAUUGCCAUGGUGCAGGCCAGGGGCCGCGCCCGUGCCGAGAACAGUCUGUACUCCGUCCUCGCCAAGGCCCACAGCAAGGAGGUGUUGCGGGAGCGGCUGAAUGAAACCCUGGAGGAGCUCACACAAAGAGUCAUUGAAGAGGUGCAGGCCAUGCCGGAGAAGGAGUACCGGGACACGGUGAGGGGGCCGGCACUCUGCCAUGGCGCGGGGGGGUCCCUGUACACUGGGCCCACUGGAGCCUCAGGCCCCGUUCUCCACCCCAGCCACGCUGCUCAGACAGCCUAUUUGGUGCUCGGGCCCCCACGUGCUCGCCCCACGGGGUGGUGGAUGGCAUCCGCUCCCAGGCCGGAGGUGGAGACAGUGCUGGGGAGGGGACAGAGCGGGGCUGGGGGUGCCUCUUGCCGCAUGUCUGUGGCUGUCUCGCUUGCGGCGGUGUUCCCGUCAUACCUCCAUCGAGCUGCCCUGCCCUUCCCACAGAUCACAGACCUGCAGCAAAGGGCCAUCAUUAGCCGGAAGGUGAAGAAGGCUGAAGGCAACCAGAAGCGGCAGCUGCACAACCCAGACGCCGUCCGUCUCCACUGCAUAAACUGCAACAUGGCCGUGUGCCACGGCAGCGACCUGCGCACCGUGGAGAAGAUGCACCACGUCAACGUCAACCCGGACUUCAAGAUUUACUACAGCGCCAUGUCCGCCAAAGUGGAGAUUUCCCGGAACUUCAAGGACUGGAAGCCAGGGGGCAGCAUCAGCUGUGCCAGCUGCGGCCAGGCCUGGGGCAUGGAGAUGAUCUACCGCAGCGUGACGCUGCCCAUCCUCUCCAUCAAAAACUUCGUGGUGGCGACGCCGGAUGGGAACCAACAGCCCAAGCAGUGGAGCCGGGUGACUUUCGCCAUCGAGGAGUUUGACUACGUGGAGUACUGCAGCAGCAACCUGGGCAUGUAGCACCUGGCAAGCUCAGGAGACUGUACGAACCCCAAGCACCCUCCCAUGGCGAUAGGGAGCCUUAGCCCAGUCCUUGGCACUGGGCAGAGGCAGACCAAUGGAGGAGUAAAGACCCCCUAGAGAUGGGGCCCCCCUGUGCUCCUGCCUCUCUCUGCUCUGCUGGGCCCUUCUGGGCCCGCAUAGAAUCAGGUGCAGGAUUGGGACCUAGGGGGGCAGCCUCCCCGAGUGAACAGACUCUGGGCUGAGAGGUGGUCUAGGGAUGGGACUGAAGUGUUCUGGCCAAACAAGGCAAGGGACCAUAGAACCAUAGGGUUAGAAGGGACCGUAGGGAUCAUGCAGUGUGACCCCCUGCCAAGAUCUGUACUAUUCAGCCCAGGAUUGGCCAUAAAACCCCUCCUGCCCUCUCCAGGCAUCUAAUGCACUCCCCCAUCCACCCUUCUCUCCACCCUGCCCUACCCUCUCCCUCAACACUCACUGCUAAGGGGCUGAGUGUUGUGACCAAAGCACAGCCCUGGGAUGCAAGACUCCUGAGUCCUGUUCCCAGCUCUGCCGCUGACUCACUGGCUGAUCUCACACAAAUCUCGUCCCUCCUCUGUGCCUCAGUUUCCCUACCUGGCAGCCAAGGAUAAUGCCGCACCCCUUCUAAGGGAAAUCUGAGGGUAAAUGUCUUUUUACAUUCUGUGAAGGAUGGUACACAUCUCUCCCCCUGCCCCUGCCCCUGUCCGGGAGCCCUCCCCGUGUCUCGGUCACAGUUUGCAGUGAUUCUGCGCAAUGCACACAAGCCAUGUUUUUUCCUGCUCGGCUGCACGAACCCGAGUGCGUGUCGAUUGCAGCAGCGAGUGAUCAGUUUGCAGAACUGCCACCAGCCCCUCUGCUGUCUGAACCACUCGCCCUUGCAACGGCUCGUGCUUAGCCACGGGGGAGAAGCCAGUAUGAAAACAGGCAAGUUCUUAUGAAAAUAAUAAGAAUAAAGCCAAUAGGGGGCCUCCUUGAGUCUCUCAGGGCCCCACACAAUUGCUUAGCCUGUGUAUGCCUAGCACCAGCUCUGGGUGGGUAGGAAGGACAAGCCCCACGGAGUCACUAGACACCACACAAUACGGUCGGGAGUGGCUGGCAAGUUGCUUUGGACGCUGAUCUCCAAGCAGCCUGCUGCCACUUGGGGGUUUGAGGCUGUGACGUUGGCAGGCCAGGUGCCAGCUCAUGCUGCAGUCCCCAGACCUCAACUGACCACUGACAAAUACACAGCAGGCACCAGUCUGGCUCCCCGGGGGUUAGUAGUGAUAAACCAGGUAGUAGAAUUAUCAGCAUGUGCUUAGUGUUUAGACUUCAGCAAAUUGCUGUGAGUUGCUAUGUGCGUUAAUCUCAGUCAAACUCUGUAUCCCACCCUGUAAGGUAAUAGCUGAGCAUUUGCGCUGUCAGCCUCUGUAACUGUGUAAAGCACCGGACUGGAGCAAGAGCGAUUAGUGUGAAAUGCUGGCACCCGACGGCAGGUGUUACCGCCAGCCCACAAAGAAGGCCCAGCCACACCAGACGGACUAGAGCAGAACAUUAAUGUGGACAAAAGACUUGGUUGUUUAUGCUCCCUCACCCUAGUAAGAUGAGUCUCGUCCGUGAAUUCCUCCCAUGUCCCAUCAGCUGAGUUUCAACUCCGAGCAGAAGAGGAGAAGGGAAUAAAAACCCCUCACAAAGAGGAACCGGAUCUUUCUGCUGCUUUGCAUGGGACAAGACUCGCUAGGCAUAAGCAAAAGAUCCCCAGCUGCUCAGCCCGGGUUAGCCCUGCAGGACACACACAGCUUGCAUAGCAUAGAAGCGUCUGUGACUUUUUCAAACUGAAGAUUAGAACUCAUUUGUGUGCAUCUGUUUACCUGCUUUAACUGUAUAAAUAGCUGAUUUCUUUUUCUAUAGAAUAAAUCUUUAGAUAGGUUAGUAUA